AUGUCUGCCAUCUUUGCCCAUUGGGGUGCUCUCUUUGGGUCGAUCGGCAUAUCUUCCAGUCCCAGACAGGUUGUGUGGGGUUGCCGAAACCCUCCGUCGCACGUGCGACGUCUCCGCCUGAAAGCGGGCGACGGUGAGGUGGCCCUCUUUCAGCUCACCGUUGAGGGGCGAAUCUCGACGUGCCUCCAGGUGCAGGUGUCCGAGAGCUUGGGAGUGGGCGUGAACAAAGAAAGACAAGAGGGUCCUCAUCCGCACAUGGUGCACUUCGAUGGGCCCAAUCAGCACCUCCUCGUACCAGAUCUUGGACUGGAUCGAGUGAUGGUCUACAAGCUGGACCACGGCUCCAUGUCACCCGCAGAACACCAUCUGCCCUUGGCGCCGGGAUCCGGGCCUCGGCAUUUGGCGUUUCACCCGGAACUCAACGUGGUCUACGUGCUGAAUGAGCUGCUCUCCACAGUCAUGGCCUGUCACUACGACGCGGCUUCCGGUGAGCUGACGCCCACGGAAGCGAGGCCCACUGUGCCGGGCGCGCCGGUGGGUGUGCAGGGUCAGACCUUCCCUGCGGCCAUCCGCAUCUCAGGUGAUGGCAAGUUUCUCUAUGCCUCCAACCGAGGGCACGACUCCAUUUCCGAUCCUUGGCAGCGACCGAAGAAUUUAAGGAACGACGCUUGGAACUUGGACAUGGGUCUUCUCGGUGCCGGCCCUGAUGAGCUUGGACAAUGAUCAGCUUGGUAAAUAGAUCUUCACAGGUGAUCUUUCUGUGUAUAGAGAGUGAGAAGCAUAUCCAUGAUAACGCUUCGCUGCUCAUGUCGGAACGAACCCGCCAACCAUGCCACCGGCUGAGCUGCGCGCUCCGCAGCUCACGAGGUGUUUGCGCUGACGGAGGAGGGGUUGAUCGCCGAAGGCAGCCCGCAGCACUUCUCCACCGCCGUCCGCGAAGUGGUGAACCCUGUGGCGAGUUGGCCACCCAGGGAGUGCCCUCGCGAUUUCGCUCUUUGUGCCGAGGAUCGCUACCUCAUCGCUGCCAACCAGGACAGUGACAGCCUGGUGGUCUUCGAGCGCCACCCGGAGUCGGGAGCCCUCAUCCGCACAGGCAUCUCAGUGAAGUGCGCUGCGCCUGCUUGCGUUUUACCCCUCUUUUGAUUGGAAGCGAGGAGGAGUGGACAAUGACCAUAGCAUACCAUAGCAUCUUAG